GGUUGUAGCCUUGUCAAAAGAGCUUCAACCUAUAAGUUCAUCCUUAAAAUGUGGGCCUUCCUGGUGCUCGCUUUUAUACUCACUGCUGGAGCAUUAGAAGCUGAAGACGGAGCCAUCGAAGAAAAGCCAGUCAUCGCUCGAGGCAAGCUGCUGGCUCCCAGUGUGGUUGGAUGAGGCAUAAAGAAAAUGCCAGAGCUUCAUCAUUUUCUCAUGGAGCGAUGGGCUUUAUACCACAACUUGGAGUAUGAUUCAUCCGAGGAGAAGAAUCCCCGUCUGGUGUUCUACAAUGAAAAGGACGAGGUUGUAAAGACCGUCCCUGUGAAGAAAAUGAAGGCAGACGAGAUCAGCAGCCUGUUAGACUCACUGGGUUUCUACAAGAGGUCCCAGAAAGGGGAAGAGGUACCAGAGGAGUUCCAGAAUUUCCCCCUGCACGCCCCCAGGGACGAGCUGUGACGACCCCUUGUGGUCAAAACCCUGCAUGUGCACCCCGGCCGCUUUGAUGGCGAGUGGGGCUCCAAGGCC